GUUACGGUCACAUUGACAGUGAACAACGAUUUGCAAAUCGGUCGAACAGCUGAUGCAUAAAGUAAAUAUUGCAUUUUUACCAAACUGCAAUUAACAUGUCUUAUGGAGGAUACACCCAACUGCCCAGUGGCAGUACUGAGCACGAUCGUCGUCAACAGCAGGUGCUAGCGAAUACCUACAAUGUCCUUCAGAGUACAAAUGAAAGCAUUGAGAGAUCCAAUCAAGUCGCACUUCAGACGGAAGCUGUGGGCGCUGAAAUACUUGGAGAACUGGGCGGGCAAAGGGAAUCACUGUUGCGCACUACCCGUAGACUUGAGGAUGCUGAUCAGGAGCUGUCCAAAUCGCGAGUCAUCAUACGCAAGCUGCGUCAUGAAGUCCUAUACAAUAGAGUGGUAUUAAUCCUGAUAAUCAUUCUGGAAAUCGGCAUACUGGCUGGACUUCUAGUUCUGAAAUUUGCCCACCUAUAA